AGGCCUUGAGUCUAAGGGGAACGAAGAAACUUUAUGUUAUCUGAUCAUUUGUACAGUUGCUUCCGAUCUUCGGAGCACAUGUCAUGUCGUUACUUUUAUUCUGAAAUUUCGUCUUCUGUAGACGGCUUUCGAAGCCGAUACUUUCACGAGGGAAACGAAUCUGCGCAAAGAUCUGAGCUCCGACUGCACAUCGAGGCCGGAGUUUUGCGGUAGCAGAGUGGUUUGGUGCGUGAAGCUUGCAAAUACUUUGACGCUUAUCCUGGUGCCUCAUUCUCUAAGUCUGUUGAAAUUUGGCAUGCUAGACGAGGAAACACGCAACACUAGCUCCCUACGUCCGGAUCCGGUUCAGCACGUUCCUGUAAUUGCGAGCAUUUCUAAUUUCGAGUGUCGGUUGCAACCAGUGAAACGAAAGAUAGAGGGAGAAGGUGCAAGCCCCGGAGUUCGAGCUUCGGCAUCUCGUGUACAGCCUCGAAGUAGACCUUCAUUAAAUGAGGCGAUAUUAGCUGUAAUCCUAGCUACGGGAAGCAUCGCAUGUUCAAGACACAUGUGACAUUUCGACGGCACAGAAGUGCCCUAAUAGUUUGAACAAGUCGACUACGUGAUCCUGCCCUUGCUCAUCGUCCGCGCUCCGAGUCCACAUCCCAGGCAGUUGGCAUCUUCGUACAAGGCUUCCCUUUUCGUGGCGAUGGUGAGGCCUGCGGAGAGAGUUCACGGGCAGCGAGUGGUGCUGGUGCCUUACGAGAAGGAGCACGUGCCGUACUACCACAAAUGGCUGCAAGAUCCGCAGCUGCUGGAGGCGACCGCUUCGGAACCGCUGUCACUGAACGAGCAGUACGAAUUGCAGGAGUCGUGGAACUCCGAUCCUUCCAAAUGCAUGUUCAUAAUUCUUGACAAGGAGCGCUUGAAAGUCUCGGAACCAGAAUCGCCGCAUAUUGAAGCUAUGGCCGGGGAUGUGAAUAUCUUCAUCAACGAUCCGGACGAUGAGAAGACUGCAGAAAUCGACAUCAUGAUUGCCGAGUUGUGCAGUCGUGGCAAAGGACUGGCGAAGGAGGCUGUUCGUUUGAUGAUUAGAUAUGCGUCUCAGCAUCUGCAUGUUUCAAAGUUCAGGGCAAAGAUUGAGGAUUCCAAUUCCACUUCUCUUCAACUUUUUCGAAGCCUGGGAUUCCAAGACGUAAGCCACAGUGAAGUUUUUCAACAGAUGACUUUGGAGUUCGUCACGAUGGGAGAUUGACUACUCGAUCGGCCCGGCCACUCAAUCGGACUCGCACUGCACAAUUCUAGUCUCAAAAGCUUCGUCCUCGUGACCUCAGUCGGUCGGUGACAUCAUGUCGAUGAUCAUCCGUUGUGCAACACUUUCCAAGUAGAAGAAUUUCUCAUAUAAGAUGGAUACAUUUCUCCAGACCUCUUUCAAAUUCGAGGACGUCCGAUUCGAGUGCACAGACGGCAGCGGGAAACGGCUCGAAAGCCCCCACUCUCACCGCCUUCCUUCUCCACUCAGACAGACAAAACACAGCAGUCCAGAAAGUGCGAACACUCGGCAUCACACCCCAAAACGUUUGCAAGACACCCCCGGGAACUCGACUCGGGUUAAGGACAUGUGCCGAAUCCACAACCCCAUUCAUUCAUGAAGUGCACUGACGAGUUUCGCAAACGCCAUAUCAUCCAUCCAUCCAUCCAUCGCACAGCACAGAGCACCAUCGCAAAAUCGAACCGCACUCAUUCGAGCUCCUUUCACACUCAAUUCUCGUUGUCAUCCAAAG